CGAAUCUCGGCCUGGAGGGAACUCUGGACUGCUGACCAUGGACAUGUGAACGGCUUCUCCUCAAACGGACCGCCGCUGCUCCGGGGGCUUAACUUGGCGCAGCUCCAGGGUGUCGAUGACACCUUCCUCCUAUUCCCCCAUUCUCUGUCUGCCAUGAAGGAAUUCCCGACGAUCAAAGCGGUUCGGACAUACAUUACGCAGGGAGUGGGCUCAGGUGGCGACUACCAUAAUGUGAAUCGCGGGCAUUGGCUGGUCGACAACUUCAUCAGUGUGCCGAUGUCAAAGUAUCCUGAAUACCGUGCCUCACGCACUUCAUGGGGACUCAACGUUCUCGGUUCGUUCUGUGUCGAGAUCGAAGCAAGCGAUGGCACCACGGGCUUUGCCACUGGCUUUGGUGGUCCGCCUGCAUGCUGGAUAGUCAAACAUCACCUCGAGCGCUUCCUCCUCGGCGUCGACCCGCGCAAUCUCAACCGCCUUUCGGACCAGAUGUUCCGUGCCACGAUGUUCUACGGACGCAAGGGUCUCCCCGUCGCGACGAUCAGUGUUGUCGACCUUGCGCUGUGGGAUCUACUGGGUAAAUUGCGUGGAGAGCCGGUGUACAAGAUGAUCGGCGGCGCGAUCAAGGAUGAGCUGGAGUUCUACUGCACCGGGCCGGAACCCACUGCAACCAAGGAGGCUGGCUUCUGGGGCUCCAAGGUCCCGCUUCCAUUUGGUCCAGAUGAGGGGCCCGCGGGGAUGCGCAAGAACAUCGAGUUCUUGACUAAGCACCGCGAGAGCGUCGGCCCGGAUUACCCGAUCAUGGUCGACUGCUGGAUGAGCUUGACAGUCCAGUACACGAUAGAGCUGGCUACUGCGUGUCUGCCGCUCAAGAUCGAGUGGUGGGAGGAGGUUCUGCAUCCGGAUGACUCGGCCGGGUAUGCGUUGAUCAAGCAGGCGCUGCCUCAUGUGAAGUUUACUACGGGGGAGCAUGAAUACACACGAUAUGGAUUCCGUGAGCUGAUUGCUCCGCGCCAUAUUAGUAUUCUACAGCCGGAUAUCAUGUGGCUCGGGGGCCUCACGGAAGCACUGCGUGUCGCUGCACAAGCCGCAGCAUACGACAUUCCCGUUGUUCCGCAUGCUAGCGGAGCUUACAGUUACCACUUCGUCGUCAGUCAGCCGAACUGUCCCUUCCAGGAGUAUCUUUGCAACGCACCGGACGGUAAAUUUGGACCAGGUAACAAAGGUGCUCUUCCCCCUGUUUUCGGCACAUUGUUCGAAAGCGAGCCGGCGCCCAUCGGUGGGAAGUUGCAUAUUUCCCAGCUGGACUCUGAGCAAGGUGGUUUUGGACUUGUGGUCUCUCAGCAGGCCAGACAGUCGACGCUCGUUCCUGGCGAUCUACUCGUAAAUCCUGAGCAUUUCGGGGGCGGUGCCGUCUUGGCGCAUGGGGUUAAGGUCAACAAGACCCUUCCUUCCAUGCAUUCCAGUCGCGCCGGCCUUGGUCUUCGACCACCACUCCCUUCCGGCGGCCAAGGGCCUUCCUUCUCUGCGCUCGCGCUUCAAAAUCAACAUCCCGGUGGCCAGCCUCCGAAACAGACGACGCUCUUCGUAGGGUCCAUUUCAGGCGGCGUCACCGACACAACACUCAAUGCGCUCUUGACUGCGUGUGGGCCAAUAGCAAGCUUCAAAAGGCUAAUCACGCCAGCUGGAAAGCCGCAGGGAUUUGGAUUCGCGGAGUUUGAGACAGCGGAUGGCGCGCUGUUGGCGCUUGCACUGCUGAACGGAAUCGAGCUGCCUGCGCUCGAGGAAGGGUGCGCAAACAAGAAGCUACUAAUCAAAUCCGACGAAAAAACGACCGCGUUCUUGAACGCCUACGCGUCGACACGGCCCGCACCAACCGCACACUCCCAGACAGCGAAGCAACUCAUCGACGCUGUGCUCGAGGACCUCUCCCGGGCGGCACAGGCCGCGCUAGGCGGGGAGAAGGAGAAAUACGUCAUUCCGCCGCAUUUGCACGAUCUGCAAGAGGCGGAUCUGCCUGAGACGCAGCGCGAGCUGGUCGUGAGCGAGAUCGCGCAGUUUCGAGAGCGGGCGGCGAAGAAGGAGCGGGAAAAGAUGAAGGAGCUGGAAAUACAGACGCGGAGCCAGAUUGCGGCUUCAGCCGCACCUGCUGCGCCGAAUCGGUGGGGCGGGGGCUCCAGUGGCGGCGCCGGCGGUGCGCAGGCUGGACAGAGAGGCUCGGACCCGGAACCAGGAAGCAGGGCGUUCGGAGGUGAUGCCCAAGGGUAUGGUAAACCCGUGGAGUUCGUCAAAGGGGCAAGCAGUGCUGGUACACCCACACAGACCGACGAACAGAUGGAGGCUGGGAGAAAGGAAGCAAGGAGAAAAGAGGAGGAGCUAUCCUUCAGAGAUCAACUCCGUCGAUACGAACCGCGAGAACGACAACGGCUGGCUGCGCUGGAACGGGCGAUUACACGGGAUCGUGCGAUCAAGUCAUCACACGCACAAGUCAAGUCAGACAUGUCGAAGCGUCUGGCGUCGUACGACGAUGACUCUGACACCGAGCAAUCGGAUCCAUACCAUGCGGAUCGCGCACGCUGGCGGGCUUCUCGAGCACGCAUUCUAGCGCAAGAAGAACGAGACGACGCCACGGAUCGAGCAGACGAAGAGAGGGAGAAGGCUGAGCUUGAGCAGGCGAGCGAGAUGUUCUUGCAGCAGCAAAUGGGUGGUUUGCGACGCGGCGAGGAGGAGGCGAGAAAGGCGGGAAUGUUGGUGGAUAGCGGUGGGCCGGUCAAGCUCAAUGUGUCAUUGGCAGCAGCAGCACCUACAACCAAGGCUGCGGCCUCAGGAGAUGCCCUUGGCUUCGGUGUCGAUGACGAAGAGGACGAGGCGCUUACUCGUAAGCGCAAGGGCCCGCUUGUCAAGCUCGACUUCAGUGCGGCUGAAGCUGGACCGGAAGCUGAGCGACAAAGGCUAGAGGAGAUGCGGAAGAGUGUGCCGGGCAAGGAGAAGGACGAACUGUUCCAGGCGAAGAUCCGUUGGGACGGUAUGAGCGAUUCUCUCAUCGACCGCAAGUUUGAGCCUCUCGUCAAAAGGCUGAUCGCCAAGUACUUGGGUGACGACGAAGUGGAAGAGUUGGUCAUGUUCGUCGUCGAGCACUUGAAGGACCACAAGGGUCCCAAUAAGCUUGCGGAGGGGCUCGAGCCGGUCCUGGAGGAAGAGGCGAUUGAGGUCGCAACUGCUGUCUGGCGGCAGUUGGUGUUCGAAAGUAUGGCAUACAACGAUGGUUUACAUACUAGAGAAAUGAUGGUCGAGGAUUAGCUGUGUCUCAUCCUCAUCUUCCACUAUCGUUAUCUUUUUUACAAGCUUUCUUGACGUAUCUUGGGGCAGCCUUUUCGAUCACGGAUCACCAUCACACGACUCAUUUCCCUGCCACAAUCCAUAUCUGUAACCAAGAAUCUUGAUCCAGUGAAU